AUGUCCUCUUCUAUCCUCCACCAGUGUCCCUUUUGCGGCCAUGUCUCUGAUAUUUCCCUCUCAUUACCAUCAUUCAUUGAGAAUCCCCACUGUAUCCAGUGCGGUCUAUCCGUCUCUGAAAGCAACGGAAAAAUUCAAGACGAGUUGGCAGCUCUAUUUGAUCAACACAUGGCGAUAGAGUCUCGUCCGGAGCCCCAACUUCCAACCCCAACCUACAGCAUUUCGCAACACUAUCACCACUCCACCCACGUAGUCUCUACCCCGAAAGCCCCAGUUCAAGCCCCUCCGACCCCGAGUCCGAUAGAUACCCUUUGGCAGCAUGGAAUCGACCCAAGUACCUUAGGACCUCGUCAACUCGACCUAUUCAUCCACGCGGAUAUGGAGCAACAACAGCGUUUGGUCCAAACGUGGCAGGUGUAUGCACGAUCCUCGGGGACUCUGGUGGAUUCAUCUGAGCCGCGGACUGUGGAUAUGGAGAUGUCUAUGGAUGAUGGUAAAGCAGAGGCGGAGCCAUAUAUGGCUGCUGGGUAUGACAACUCGCCGCGUACAGAGCCUAGUACUGGACAGCAGUAUAGCGGAGCUACAGACCCAGUUUAUAAGGGCCACCAUUGGUGGGAGAUGGCUCAGAAUGGACCGAUGGAGUCACAGUAUGGGGCGUUUCAAGAGAGAAAUCGGUGUGAUAUGGGUGGUAUGGCUCAUCCGUCUUUGUUUCAUUAG